GCCAUUGGUCAACGAUGUGCGUCAUAAAAAAAUUAAACAUAAUAAUAUUAUUAUCGUGAAUACAUUUUACGUUUUUAUUAUUACAUAUAUUAUUGUUACAAUAACAAUAAUAAUUAUCAAUGACUCGAAGUUAUCACCGAGGAGUAUCCGAACAUCAGACAUUACAAUAUUUUUACAAUCGCGCACAAUAAGUCGGAACGCCGAGUCGAUCGUCAUCUCGAAUCUCGAUAAUAAAUAAUAUUAUUAUCACCUUUAUAGUAUUGUUAUUGCGGAACACAGAAGAUGGAAGAAUGAGCCCUGCUGCAGUCCGAGUAGUGCCAGACGUUACGCGAUCGCGAUCAUAAUUUGCAUAGGUAGUAGUAUACAAUUUAUAUUAUCACAUACACUGUUCCGUGAGACGUGUCCGGUGCGAUAUUAUUAUUAUUAUUAUUAUUUUACUGACGAUCUAUAUAUAAUAUUGAAGUCCGCAAACCCAAAAUUCACUUCACACGACCGGUCUUGUUCUCAUGCGCCUACCUAUUAUUUUAAUUAAAACCCGAGUGGCACACCUCACCGACUCUUAGCCGUAGCGGGUUGCUCAUAUCUUGUCGAAGUCGUUGGCGAUCUGAACAUCCCGUAACAUGGAAAACAGUAACAAGAGACCAUUGGAAGAUGAAUGUCAAUAUUCGCACACAGAAACAAAGAAACCCAAAGCGUCUCAGGUCACACCAACGACAUCACAUCCUAAAUCCUCAAAGGAAAUUGUUGGUUUCCAAGAUUUAUCCGACGAUGUUAUCAUGUAUUUAUUUAAAUACCUGUCACACGAUAAUCUUGCCAAAAUGGCACUGAUAUGCCCUAACUUGUUAAGAGUUAGUCAUGAUUGGACUCUAUGGAAAAAACCAAGAUUUGAAAAGUUUGAAAAAUCUAUGGAAGAUGUAUACUUGAGCUACUUAAAAGAGGAUACCACUGAAUUGUUUAUAUCGUGUAAUGAUGUUCCAAGCUCUGAUUAUUCAGUUUCUCACAAAUUUUUAAUACAAUUAGAAACAAAAUGCCCAGAAUUACUCCAUUUAACGUUAACAAAUCAAGUAUUUGAUGCCGGUGAAAUAAGUGUAAAGAUUUUGCAUCGGAAAUUAAAAACGCUGACGAUUGAUAAUACAACUAUUGAAAACAUUCCAGACAGCUCUUCUUAUUUAUGUGGUAUAAACAAUGCUUGCCCAGAUCUAGAGCAAAUUAUAAUGACAAACAAUGAUUGGUUUUUGCCAAAUUGUUUGUAUGCAUUAGCCAAGUUGGAACGUUUACACUACUUAAGUCUCGCAGGUUGCAAACAGUUUAAGGACUGUAUUCCAUAUGCAAGUAUUACUGCUAUAACUGGAUUCAAAUCUUUACAGACACUUGAUUUGCGUUUUACUCCAGUAAGUGAUCAUGAACUUGUUUGCUUUCAAAGAUUAACAACUUUGAAAAAUGUUCUUUUGGAAAGCCCUGAGUAUAUGAACCACGAGAGAGAUGCAACAAUUACCGAUUUGGGUUUGGCAGGAUUCUGUACUGCUACCUUUGAAUUCCACUAUCCAUACAUACAAAUUUUGAUUGAUAGACGUGGUGGAGUGAACUUAAGAAGAGUUCAUGAAAGGAAUGAUAAUGUUGAUAGAUGCAGUAUUGAAACUUUAUAUGUCCGCAACUAUCCAAAAGUAACCGAUGCAUUUUUGAAGACUGCUGUCAGAACUUGUCCAUACCUGAAAUCGUUAGACAUAACUGGAUCAUGUUGCACUUCAGCAGAAAUUGAAUAUUAUAAAGCAAAUAGACCUAGUACAAAGGUAAUAUGCUAAAAAGACUGAAAAAUAAUAAAUAUGUUGACAUAGGGUAAUAUAUUGAUAUGUGAGGUAAUGAGGUGAGGUGAAAGGGUAGUAAGACAUGUUCAAUCCUUAUAUAUUUUGUGUUAUAUAGAACUUAUAACUAAUUCUACAAUAUAUUGAUAUUAAUGAACCGGUUUAAAAUUAAAUGUAUUGGUGUUUGUAAAUAAUUUAUUCUUUCUAUUUGUCAUUUUAUUACUUAUGAUUCACAAAAAGAGUUUAAACUUAAAUAUAAAGUUAAAAAAAAUAUAAUUUAAUGUUUAAAAAAUAUGCUAGAUAACCUUAAAGUAAUUUUAAUUGUAUAUAGGUAUAAAUUAUUUCACACCUAAUCUUUUUAUAAAUUAAUCUUUUCAUAUUUUAGUGUAAGGUCACUGAAUAAAUUCUUUUUAUUCUAUAUUAAAUUAUGAAUAUUAAAUUUUAUAAUGCACUAAAUAUCAUGUAUAUAAAAUCAGUUAUCAAUGAAUCUUAGUACUUAAAUUAUAAUUUUAAACACUAAUUAUUAUAUAUACAAAUAUUGUACAUAAUAUACAGCUAUAAUAAUAAGCAAAGUGGAUAAGAUGAUACUUUUUAAAAAAAAUUAGCAAUUUGUAACUAAGUUAGAUAAGUUUAAAUUUAAAUUAGUGUUUUUUUUUGGUACCUAUUUACUUAGUCUGAAGACCAUUACAAUUAUAAUAUUAACAUUUUUAUGUUCCAAAAAAAUCUGGAACUAUCAAUACUCUAUUUUGUGUCUGUAGACAUUAAGUAGUUUCAGUAAUUUUGUAUUAGUAAUUUCAUCCUCUUCCAGAGAGUUGUGGAAAAUUAGUUUCUUUUUAUUAUAUAAUAAUUUUAAUAAUAUUUAUAUAUAUUCUUAUUUUUAUGUAUUUUGUUUUUUAAACAUUUUUAAAUUCUUUAGAGAUAUGAUGUAUAUAUAAUAAUUGGUUACUUAAUAUUAUAAUUUAAUAACAAAUCUUUAAAAAAAAAUACUCAAGUGCAGUUUUUAGUUACAUAUUAUUUAUAAUAUAUAAAAAUAAAUACUAAAUAUAAUAAUAAAAUACCAACAAUCAUAAUUGUUAAAAAUAAACUUUUAAAACCAAAUACAUUAGUUCCAUUCAUAAAAUUAAUAAUACUUACAAUAUAUUAUAGUAAUAUAAAUUUCUAAGAAUAUUUAUCAAUAUAAUUGUAAAAUAAAAAUGACCAGCAAAAUAUAUUAUAGCUAAAUAUAGUGUCAGUAAAUAUUUAAUAGAAUAUUGAAAAAUAUAAUAAUUACCAUACAUAUUGUAUCCAAUAUUUACCUAAUUAUAAUUAAAUAUUCUUAAUUGUUAUAUUGUGUGCUCUAUUCCUUAUAAGUUAUAAACAAUAAAAAUGUUAUGUAACACAAGUCUCUUACUAUGUUUGUAUAAUAUAAUUUUACACUUCAUGGUUAAUUUCGCUGAAUAUAAAUAUAAUAAUAUAUUCCUAUUUUCUAAUUUAUUCAAUACUCAUAUACAUCUUCUUAUGUGUUUCUUUAAAUAAUACUUCUAAAUUUGUUAAUUGUAUACAAGUUUAAAUAUGUUAUAUUCAGAUAAUUUUAAUAGUAUUAACAACUUUAAUGUUAUACAUUUGUACAGUAUAAGUUCAGAUACUAGCUGUUAAUGAUAAGUUCUUACAGUAAUUAUUAUUUUAAAUCUGUUAAAAGUUAUUAUAAAUAUCUAUUUGAGAGGAUGUCAACGCACUAUUGGUUUUCUCUCUCUGGUCUACGCGCAACAUAGACAAAACGCAUUUACGAAGAAUCAUUUUUUCUAUGUUUUAAGUAAUCUUAGAGUAAAAUCACCUAUUACAAAAAAGAUAGAAAAUAAUAUUUUUAAGGGAAUGACAUAUCGAUUUGUCGAAAUAUUGUACCAAAACAAUUUAAACAUAAUUUAAAUUUUAUAACAUUUUUUGUUUAUUUUGAAAGUCAAAUACUAAGUUAAAUAACAAUAAAAUAUAAAAUUGAUAUAUCAUUCCCUCAAAAAUAUUAUUCUCUAUCUUUUUUGUAAUAGGUUAUUUUACUUAAAAACAUAGCAAAAAUGAUUCUGCGUUAAUGCGUUUUGUACAUGUUGCACGUGGGCCAGAGAGAGAAAACAAAUAGUGCGCUGACAUCCUCUUAAUGGCUAAUAGAAUAGUUGGAAUAAAUACUGAGAAAAUUAAAAAUAUUGAUAGCAGUUUAUGUUUAUAGUUUUAAACAUAAUUAUAUAAUUAAUUUAUUUGUGUCCAACAUUUUACAUAGCAUUGCAAGUAAAAAAUAUUAUUAUUCAAAUUAUAUACCAUAUAAUAAUAUAGUAUGUUUUGAAAUUUUUUUUUUAUAUUUAUAAGCAACAUGAAAUAUUAAGUUGAAAUAAAGUUGUUGUAUAUAAUAAACAGAACAUUUUUAAAAUAA